AUACAUCGACCUUUUAUAUUUCCUAUUUUCAAGCUUCUCAGUAUUAUUGUUAUUGGUAUCGUAAUUCAAUAAUUAUAUAUCUGGCAAUUAGUGUUGUCUAUUAUGUAUAAGGAUGUCACAGAAAAACUUUCAUCUGUGCGAAUUCGAACACUUGUGCUUGCAGUUAUUGCUGUAUCUGUGUCAUACUUGGGUGUGUGGUAUUACAAAAGGCCUAAACAAGUAGAGCCGUAUGUUAAGAAUCAGUGGCAUAAUUUGUACUUGCUAUCGGGACCAUUCCAGACAUGGAAUGUACCCCUAAUUAUCUUUGAUGUUGAGAUACUUCCUCAUGUUUUCAAGCCUCGCAGGGAAAUUUGGCAUGAUCCUGCAUACACCUGUCGCAUUCUUUGCAAGCAUCAUCCAGAUGGCAAUAACCUUCUUACAUUUGCCAUCUUGGCGAGAAAGUUUAUCCCAGAAAAGGAUAAGAUAAUAGAUCGUUUACAGAAAUUUGGAUUUGCCACCCAUUUAUCAAUGGUUCCAGAUCCGAGACUGCAUGAUGCGAAAGAAGUGAUAAAAAUUCCAACAUAUUUGUGGCUUGCCAGAAACGAUCAUGUCAUUCAUAUUACCAUAUUGCAUGAACGACAUGGAAAUUAUUAUUGGGCUGGACCUGUGACCGAUUCAGAUUGGUUCAACAUGGUGAAUGAACUAAAACCACAACUUACUAUUGACUGGAGAACGUUGAAUGGUGCAGUUUUCCCAAGAUAUGCUCAAGCGUAUGAAAUGUCACAUCACUUGACUGGAGUUGCUACAAAAAUAGAUAAGCAUGAAUUUAUUGUACCUUACAAUAUUAAGAGUUUUCUCAAAGAAUACAAAGAAGCCAGAUUUAUUGAAUGUGACCAUGAAAGAGCUAAAAAGUACAGGGAUGAAUAUCCUGUAAUUGCGACACAGGAGGAAUAUGUAUAUCAAUCUGAUGCUAAGAAGUUACUUAUCCGAGCAAAGAAAGUAUUAAAUAAAUUAGGAAUUCCAUUUUGGCUCAGUAGUGGAACAUUGCUUGGAUGGUAUAGAGAAUGUGGCAUUAUUCCUCACGGUAUUGAUGUGGACAUUGGCAUCUGGAUUCACGAUUAUCAUAAUGAAAUUAUUCCUGCAAUGGAACGUGAAGGAUUGAUGCUUAAGCAUGUUUUUGGAAGAAUACAAGACAGUCAUGAGCUUUCAUUUAUUGACGAAAAAGAUGUGAAACUGGAUAUUUUCUUUUUUUAUCAAGAGUCUGACUCUGUAUGGAAUGGUGGCACCAGAGCCUAUGAUGGAGCAAAAUUUAAAUACAAAUUUCCGAAAUUUUCAUUGUGCUGGACAGAACAUCUUGAAGAUAAAUUUCGAGUACCAUGCGAGACUAGAUCCUACAUUGAGGCAAAUUAUGGAGAAGAUUGGGAUAAACCAGUAAAAGAUUGGGUCUGGUACUCAUCACCGCCAAAUGUAGAAGACAACGGAUAUUGGGAAAAAAGUGAGUGGAAUGAAGUGAUUCAAGUUUAUGACAGAGUACGUAAUCAACCAAAGGUCAAAGUAGAUCUGUGAGAUUGAGACAAGAUGAUUUAUAUCUUGGCGAUUUUCCGAAUUCUAGGAAAUAACUGUGUACAAUAUUACUCCAUAGCUCAAGUUUGCACAUGCUAUUUGUUUGAUAAAGUAAGUGUAACUACUUCAAGAUUAAGCAUUAGGUCUGAAAUUCUUUUUACUGUUUGUCCAUACAAAUCUCUGUUCAAAAUGUGAAAAAAAUUAUGACAAUCUAUUCAUUUCUGAUUCAGAAUAUCUAAGGCUUAUGAAAUUUCCUCAUUCCUUACAGGAUUCUUGUCACAUUUCCAUGUUACUGAUGGUCUCACUUGUAACAUUCUAGCCUUUCUGUAUUGUUUUCAUUUUAGGGAAGUUAUUUUUUGAUGAUGAUUAAUUGUUGAUUUAGUUAGAAGGUCUCUUUACACUACUGCCUAAAACUAAUCAUAAAAUACAUCAAGUGAUAUGAUUGACAUGAUUCUUUCAUAAGAACAGUGACAUAGCGCAUUUGCAUUUUCUUUUAACCACUAAUUUUCUGAUAUAUAUGUUAUCUAUUUUUUACUACUGAAUUCUGAUUGAUUAACUUCUUCAAACAGUAACUAAUAAUUGUAGAUGUAAAGUUUAUCCUAAUCAAGUUUUCAGCACUACAUCGUCACAUAUUCAUCAUAUUGUCUUACAGUCCUUACCUAAAAACUGCACAUAUCUUAGAGGAAAUUUGAGCUGCUAUAUAUUUAUGCUAGAUCGAGGGAACAAUAUUCUGUGCAUUGAAUUGUUUUGUUGUUUUUACUGACAGUAAGAGAAUCACUGUUACUUUUUAUAAUGCUUUAAAGGUUUACCACUGUUUAGUUCAGUUUUGUUUUUCUUUGCAAAUGUUUCAUUUAUUUUUGUAUGUUACAUUUUAUUGAUACGAGUUCGUUCAUUUUAAAGAGUAUUUAAAUAUAGGUAGUUUAUUAAUAAGA